GACCCAGUGAGGGAGGGAAGCAGUGAAAGAGAGAGAGAGCGAGAGAGACGUUCAGUUCUCAACAUCCAGCGACUGCACCAGAAAGGAGAAAUGUUUGAAAAUAACAGGAACGCACAACGAGCUGCUUAGACCCCGAGGACUGUGGAGGUUUACUGGGCUGCACUGAGAGAGGCCGGCUGCUAGAUACUACUCUGCGCGUGUCCUUCGUGCGGCUGGAGUGUGCGCGAUUGUCAAAGUUGCCCAGGAUGCGAGCGCUUGGAAGGCUCUGUGGAGCAGCACGCAGCAGGGCUCUUUGGGGUGGGAACGCAGGCAGCGUCUCUGGCCACUGACGAGCGCACCAGGAGUGCUCUCACUCUCCCUCUCUCUCCUUUUCUCUCCCUUUCUCUGUCUCUCAUUUCUUAAUCCUUGCGGAGUGUUUCAGCAUCCCUCGCUCUUUACGGGGUGGAAUACAGACGAAGGAAAAAUACAUGAGAAUAACAGAGGGCAUUGUAGAAGCCAGAGAGCGGGCCAGCGGAUGUACCCGACCAGAGCAACUUGAUCGGGGAGCCGAUACCUCAGUCCUGCUCAGACGCGCUGAACUACGGAGAUUUGGGGUUGCGUGCGCCUUCACAUCACUCUGCUCAUGGACCUUAUCCGCUGAACACUGGUGCAGAUGUGCCUCUGGGAACCUGGCUGUUGGAGCAGUCUUCAAGGAGUCUGAGGGGCUUUUCCCAAAGCUGAAAUCUCAUUGGCUGCCUGUUUUCAGAGAUCCUGUAAGAUAUAAAGUUCAGCACAGAGGAAACCAGAGAUCAUUGUGAAGAGGGACAAUCGACUAUGGCUAAGAAGAUCAUUUCUCAAUGUGCGCCGUGACGGAAUGGUGGACUGUAUGAGUCGAGUCAUGGUGAACACGGCAGUGUCUUGCUGGCAGCCUCUGUUGGGGCUGGCCCUGGUGGGUGUGUUCUUAGGCUCCACCCUCGCCUGCCCUUCCCGGUGCGAAUGCUCCGCCCAGAGCCGAUCUGUCGUCUGCCACCGGAAGCGUUUGCCCAGUAUCCCGGAAGGCAUUCCCAUCGAGACACGCAUCCUGGACCUGAGCAAAAACCGCAUCCAGGCCAUCAACCCCGAUGACUUUGCCGCCUACCCCCACAUUGAAGAGCUGGACUUAAGCGGGAACAUCAUCGCGUACGUGGAACCCGGAGCCUUCAACAUGCUCUACAGCCUGCACGCACUCAGUCUGAAGAGUAACCGCAUCAAGCUCCUGUCGCUGGGAGUCUUCACGAGCCUCUCCAACCUCACCACGCUCGACAUCAGUGACAACAAGAUCGUCAUCCUGGUCGACUAUAUGUUCCAGGACCUGCACAACCUCAAGACGCUGGAGGUAGGGGACAACGAACUGGUCUACAUCUCGCACCGGGCAUUUAACGGCCUGCUGGCUUUGGAAAGCUUGACCCUGGAACGCUGUAACCUGACGGCGGUGCCCACUGAUGCCCUGUCCCACCUCCACAACCUGGUGUCCCUGCACAUGCGCUACCUCAACAUCGGCACCCUGCAUCCAUACUCCUUCAAGAAGCUUUUCCGCCUGCGCCAUUUGGAGAUCGACAGCUGGCCGGCGCUGGCCAGCUUGCCGGCCAACGCGCUGCAUGGCCUGAACCUCACCACGCUCUCCAUCACCAACACCAACUUGUCAGCAUUCCCCUACCAGGCACUGCGCCACAUGCCCUACCUGACGCACCUGAACCUGUCGCACUGCCGCGUGCGCACCGUGGAGGGUGGGCUGCUGCAGGACCUGGUGCGGCUGCGUGAGCUGCGUCUGGCCGGUGCCCAACUCCACUCCGUGGAGCCCUACGCAUUCCAGGGCUUGCGUUGGCUCCGCCUCCUCGACGUCUCCCACAACAGGCUGGAGACGCUGGAGCGAGGCGUCUUCCAGGCCCCCGAGGGUCUGGAGGUGCUACAGAUCAAUGGGAACCCACUGGUGUGCGACUGCCGCCUGAUGUGGCUCUUGCAGAAGCGGCAGGCGGUGUCAUUCGGCGAGGAACAGCCCGAGUGCAGCACUCCCGAGGGCAACCGCGGACGCCCUUUCCGGGAGUUCAAGGAAACCCUGCUGUCCUACUACGUUACCUGCACCAAGCCCAAGAUCCGAGAGAACCGCACGCAGCUGGUGUCGGUGGAGGAGGGCCAGUGGGCCCAGCUCAGCUGCAGCGCCGACGGAACCCCUCGGCCCACCAUAUCCUGGGUCACGCCUCGCCGGAGACACCUGACCAGCAGGAACCAGGGCAGGGUCAUGGUCCACAACAACGGCUCUCUGGACAUCAAGGCUGUGGAGGUCCAGGAUGGCGGCGUGUAUGUGUGUGUGGCCUCCAACACAGCAGGAAAUGACACGAUGAUGGUAUCCCUAGCUGUGAAGAGCCUGGGCUCGCUCUACGCUAACAGGACCCAGUACAGCGUAGACCCCAACAGUACCACUGCCAAUAGCACCAACCUCCCCAACACCACCUUUGGCCUGGACUUAAAGACUAUUUUAGUGUCCACUGCCAUGGGCUGCUUUGCUUUCCUCGGGGUCGUACUCUUCUGUUUCCUGCUCCUGUUUGUGUGGAGCCGUGGUAAAGGGAAGCACAAAAACAACAUCGACGUGGAGUACGUGCCGCGUGCUGGCGGGGCCGAGGGGACGGAGCAGAGCUCCGCCGGCCGCCGCUUUAACGUCAAAAUGAUCUAAACAGCCACAGCCAUGAGCAGUAACACACACGUGUGUUUUCAGAUCCAUGAACGGGACCGAGGGGUGUCAGGGUUCACCCCAGUUUUUGGCAUGGUGCCAGCGUGGUUAUGACACUGUGUGUGUGUGCGUGUGUGUGUGUGUGUGUGUGUGUGUGUGUGUGUGUG